AUGAGCAGAGACGAUAAGGAAGUGGAAGGAGGUUUCGUCCCAUUUGGCAUUUCGGGCAUUAUUUCUGGAGCUGCAACGUGUUUCGUCGCUUACGUGGGUUUUGAAGUUAUUACUGCAUCGGCCGAAGAAGCAAAAAAUCCAGCUAAAAGUAUCCCAAUUGCAAUAUGUAUAUCUUUAGUAGUUGUAGCUGCAGCAUAUAUUGCUGCAUCGACAGUGGUCACAUUGAUGGUACCAUAUUAUGAAAUCGUACCUGAAGCAGCAUUUGUGGAUGCUUUCCGUCAUGUAGGGGUGAAGUGGCUUAUGUACGUGGUGGGAGUCGGAUCAUUGAUCGGCAUGACUGCUACUUUUUUAACUGUUAUCUUUGUGCUUCCACGUAUCGUAUUUGCAAUGGCUAGAGAUGGUCUUCUUUUUGAAGUGUUGGCUGAAGUUAAUUCACAUACUCAUGUACCUGUAGUUGCCACUGUUACAUUUGGUAUUUUAGCAGGACUCCUUACUGUUGUAUUUGAUUUGAAUUCAUUAGUUGAGUUUUCAUCAAUUGGUACUCUCUCAGCCUACACCAUUGUAGCUGCUGGUGUACUUGUGCUACGAUAUGAACCAGAAAAGGCAUUGAUAAUUGUCGACAAACAUGUAAAUCCAGAAACAAAUAAAAUUGAUUUGAAGAAAAAGAAUGAAACAUCCCCGUUAAAAAGGAUAAGCUCUCAGUCAAAUCAUGGUGGCGAAGUCAGAGAAUCGUUUAAUGGCUGCAGGACUUUACGAAAUGCUACACCUGGUACUAUACCAGCUUUUGCAGUAUUUAUAAUGUCCAUAUUCAUGUUUGCAUUAGCUGCUGUUAUUGUAUUCUGUGGUGACGCACUAGCAGAAGAAAGGUCAUGGGUUAUUGUGAUUGUGGUUGUAUUUGGAUCGGUCGUGUUACUUUGUUUUUUUGUGUUAUGCAUACACUACCAGAAUACGAGUAUUGUGACAUUCAAGUUUCUUCACUCCUUUCAACAACAUCACGAACAGAAAAUGGAGAUAUACAAAUACGACGAACAACAACAACAACAGCAGCAGCAGCAACAACAACAACAGCCUGUUUGA